GCCCUAAGCAAGAUGGCGGCUCAGAGCGGCACCCCACGCUGCGCUCUGCGACUCGUUUUGAGAGCAGGCCGGCGGGCCUUUUCUCACAGCCAGGGCGCGGCCGCCCCUCUGACCGCCCAGCAGCUGGCGGAGAAAAUAAGAGCCGAGAAGCAGGAGCAGGAAAAAAAGCCGGCCGAGGUUCCUAAAGACAAAGUAUCACGGCGGGUGCAAGAACUUGCUCAGCUAACGAAGCAGUUGCAGCAGGUUCAUCCUAAUGUGUUGGCCAAGGCACUAAAAAAUGGAAUCCUCUACCAGAACAAAGAGAUUGUGGUGAUUAACAAACCUUAUGGCCUCCCUGUUCAUGGUGGCCCCAAGGUAAAAAUGUGCAUCACUGAUGUGCUGCCAGUCCUGGCAAAGAUGUUGGAUGGCAUGAAAGCUGAACCUCUUCAUCUCUGUCACCGGCUGGAUAAAGAAACAACUGGAGUGAUGGUGCUUGCCCGGGAUGAGGACACUGCACACCAGAUCCAGCAGCUCUUCAAAACCCGACAGGUGGAGAAAAAAUAUUGGGCGAUCUGCAUUGGAGAACCAAAUCCAGCAGAGGGACUGGUGGAUAUUCCCAUCAUGGAGAAGGAAGCCGAGGGCAACCAAUUGCACUAUAAAAUGACACUUGCUCCAAACUAUCGCUUUUCCUCUGAGGAUGGGAAUAUGUUCAAAGUCCGCAAGCACAGAGAUGCCAGUGUGGCAGUGACGCAGUACCGAGUGCUGAGUAGCGCCUCUUCUUGUUCCCUCCUUGAACUGCACCCAGUCACAGGAGUGAAGCACCAAAUCAGAGUCCACUUGGCCUAUGGCUUAGGCUGUCCAAUCCUUGGGGACCACAAAUACUCCCAUUGGAACAAGCUUGCACCACAGAAGCUUCCAAAGGCUGCUUUGAAGAGGCUAGGCUUGGAACAAGUCAAAGCUCGCCACCUCCCACUUCACCUCCAUGCCUGCCAACUCACUCUGCCUGCAAAAAACGGCAGCGAAGACGAUAAAAUCCACUUGGUUUGCAAGCCACCCCUGUUCUUCAACCGCUCCUUACAGCGACUGAAGCUGGAGUUCCCAGAAAUCCGAAAUAGUGAACCAAAGCAAUGACAGCCUCUGUAGCUUUAUUGGAGAAACUUGAUUUCCUUGACCUCCUUCCUGGAAUUCGACUAAGUGCAGAGCUUUUUGGACUCUAAAGGAACUGCAAGAUUUGCUUCUCCUAGAAGCCUACAUUGGUCCAGAGAAUCUUUGCGGCAAGUGCUGAGGCUCUGUAUUCAGCUGCCAUGGGAAGUGAAGACAGGGGUCCCAAUAGGUUUCAGACAGGAGUGUUUGAAGAUGCAGUAGUCCUCUAAGAGACAUAGCGAUGGAGACAGCAGUUGAGGCAUCUGAAACCCAGCCCAGUACAAACAACUUUCUUGCUUGAAGAAAUUGACUGAAUGGGCAUGAUGUAAUUGUAACAGGGAUUUUUUGAAGAAAGACUCAGUCUGGAGUUUGUUCUGUGAUGGAAGUCAGCUACACGUUGAGAAGCCCUUGGGUUCAAAUCAUGCUUUUGCUGGCUUUAGACAGCUAGACUUUCUCUUAGGCCCGGUUCACAUGUAACACUAAGCCAGACCAUGGCUUAAUACAAAUGAUUGGGUCCUGGAACAGAAGUGCUGCUUCUGCUCCUGCUGUUGUGUGCUAUUGGAACGGAGCUAUAUUUCGGUUUAGUGUUGUGUCCAGACUUGAGGGUCCAAACCUACAGCCUGUGGUUUGUGGGUAACCUGUGGGCCUCUAGAUGUUUGCUGGACGACAGCUUGCAUCAUCUAUGACUAUACUAUAUGGAACCAAUAAGAGCUGGGGGGCCACAAAUUUCCAACCUCUGCCCUAGUGUAACAUGGAGACUGGACUAUGUCUAGCCUCUUUGAUUCUUGCAUUUCCUCCUAAACUGCUUAAUUCUAUAAAAAAAAUCCCCAAAGCCCUAACUGUUCCAAAUGUUUUUUUCUGAGUUCACAUUUGCAUGCUGGUGAUUUGUUAACCACAAAAUACAGGGUACUUGUGGCUACAAUACAGUUGCAAACAUAAUAAGAAAUUGUGGCAUUUAAGGCUGUAAAUAUGAAGACAAAAGAUGCCUUUCUAGUGGCAGCUACAAGAUUCAAGCAUUUAGCAUCCCAGCCAAAGGACCUAAGUGUUUUCAACAAAAUGUUGAACAAUAGCAACAUGUUCUAAUCAUGGAUGGACAGAAAAUGCAACUCUGUAACUACAAGGCACCUUGAAGGGUUCUUGGAGAGAAGUCUCAAUAAGAUUUGGUCUUCUGAAAAAUGUAUUUUCGACCUUUUCAGACCCAGGACUCACUUUUAACUCAAACUUUAAUUUGGGGAUUCAUUUCUUAAUCUUUGAACAUCACUUUACAGAAUGGUAGUGUUCCUGUUGCGACCCACCAGUUGAUGAACAGUGUUCUAAGAGAUGUGCUUUUGUUUUUUUUAUUAUAUACAUAUAUAUAUACAUAUAUACAAAUACACACACACACACACACACACACACAUAUAAACUUUAUUUGAAUUCUUUCACAAAAUUUACAAAACAUUUUAAACAAGUACAAAUACAAAAUAUAGACUACACAUUACUACUUGAGAAAAAAAUAAAAUUAAGAUUGCCAAUUAAAAUUUGCUUCCAAUUAUUCAUAUAUUGCUUUUAUUUUAAUUUAAUUUCUCAUUCCUUGCUAUUUUUAACCUUAUCAUCUAUUAGAACCUUCAAUAAAAAAAUACAUCUGAAAUUAUUUUUCAAAUAAUCUAUCUCUGUAUGCGUCUCUAAGCAUAUCACCAACUCCGUUUUCAUUCCUUCCUUAUUCAGAUAAUCUUCAACAUAUUUCCACUCCUUCAAAUUCUGUUUACUAACUGCGGCUGUCGAUUUUUGCUAAAUUCAUAUAUUCUAAUAUGAUAAUUUAAUCAACCAUUCUUGUACCCUUGGGACUCCCCCCCCCUUCCAAUUCUGGGCUAUAAGUGUCCAGGCCACUGCACAAACAUAUAACAAAACAUUUCUUCUAUAUUCUGGUAUAUUUCCAGGUAUUAUACUUAAUUAAAAUAUAUCUGGUCUUUUUUCGAACGUGAUUUUUAGCAUCUUUUUUAAUUUUUCGUAUACCUCAUUCCAGAACUUUUGAAUUUAUACACCUCCACCAACAAUGAAAAGAAUCACCUAUUUUAUCUUGGCACUUCCAACAUUUAUUGGAUUUUGUUUUAUAAUUUUUUGACAAUAUUUCUGGAGUCAGGUGCCAUCUAUAAAACAAUUUCAACAUGUUUUCUUUAAUUGCUGUACAGGCCGUAAAUUUCAUCUCCACUUUCCACAAUUUAUCCCAUUGUGCUCUAUAAAUUGUUCUUCCGAUGUCUUGUGCCCGAGAUGUGCUUUUAAUAGUAGUAUUUGAAUAUCAGCGCUUGUGGCUUCUUCCUACGAAGGUAUUAGGCAUGUAAUUCAGUGUCCUAAUUAAAUCAAGGACGUGCUUCAUCCCAUACCCUACAGUGUACAUGUCCAGGACAGAGAUUACCAGGGGUGAGAGAAUAAGUUAGGGAAAAGGUAUUCCACACUUGAGAGUUUUGCAGGAGGGGAAGAUUUGGUAGGACACUGAAACAUGCUUCAAAUAUGAGAUUUAAAACCAAUGUCUUAACCAGAACAAAAAUAAUGGUUCCCAGUUUGGCAGCAUAGUGUGUGGGAAAUGUCCUGGGAGGUAGCAGAUAUUUCAGAAGGGAUGGAUGCCUCGGUACUCAUUGCAAGAAACCAGCUAUGCAAAUGGCUUAGCCCAGUGGUGUCUAAACUUUUUUCAAAGAGGGCCAGAUUUGAUGAAGUGAAGGGCCGUGGGGGCCGGCCAAAGGUCCAACCAAAGUUGUUGACCUUGCUUCUUUUAGGAUUGAAGUUGUUGAGGGUUUUUUUGGAUUGUACCCCAGGAAAUAAACUGCCACAGGGGGUGGAUUAAAUUGACUGGUGGGCCGGAUUAGGCCCCCGAAAUGGACUUUGGACAUGCCUGGCUUAGCCUUAUGAAUCUGCCUGUGUAGCUUGGAUGGGCUGGCAGUGGCUGAGCUCUCCAGAUGUUUUGACUGGAUAUUGCAAGUGCUGAAAUAUUGCAUUAGAGCCACCUGGCCCAUCAUUGACUUCUGCUGGUAAAGAGAGACGUUUGGGUAGGUUGGGACAUUGCUUUAGCUUUGGUAGUUGCUGGUAGAGCAGUUAAGAGACUAAGCUAGAAAUCUGGAAGUUCCCAGUUGUUCCUUCUGCCAUGGCCACAGACAAGCCACCUUUUCUCAGCUUCAG